AUGACCAAGCGCAUUUUCCCCAUCAGCGACUGGGCUCCUGCUCAAGAGGCCAUGUUGGAAGCUCCCUCCGAAUCUUCGCCGUUGGGCGUCUCGACGCCUGCCCAGACUGCGAACACCACUCUCCGCCCUGAAGCAGCCGCCAUGCACACAGGUGCCCCCCCUCGAAACCGCAGCAUGAGCCUUUCUAUGCCAUGGCGACGUCCUAAAUCAUUUGCUUUUGGUCAUGACCAUUCCCAUUCGCAGCAUCUUUCUCGGCAUUUCAACGAUCUCGCUGUCGACGAUACCGAAGACGAGUUCCACGAUCUGAACAGCGCCCAUCACGAGACCCAGCAUCAACACCACUUCCACACUCCAGGUGCCAAGCAGAUCAAGGGCAUGUUUCGCCGCGCUUCACUCUCGAUUAACCGAAUGGUUCAUCGACGACCUUCGAUUGCUGAAGAUGUCGAACAAACCGAGACUGGCAGACCUACUACUUCAUACAACAAUGCGCACUCGACUUGGAGCCGUCUCCGACAAGCAACCGUUCGUCGCUCACGAUCGAUCUAUGGAUUCGAUCUGAAACAUGAUCAGAACGCCUACAACUACGAGAACUCGUCACAUCUCCCGAUUCCCGGUUUCCGUGGCGAGCCACCCGUCAUUCCCAGCAACUCUGGAGCUGCUGCUAAGGCCUCAGCUGCUAUGCAGAAUGAAUACCUGGCUCGUCAGGGCUUGUACAACAUGUGGUUGAAUCCUAGCACCAACGACGAGAGCAACGAUCGUGAGAGCGGAAUCGGAAUUACUGUGACACUUCCUGGAGUCGAGAGCGAGACUGAGAUAGAGCAAAAUGCUGCUAUUAGCACGAUCGACUUCAUCUCUAGACUUCCUGCAGAGCUCGCUAUUCAUGUCCUCGCAAACCUCGACGCUCCAGCACUCAACAAGGCCAGCAUGGUUUGCAAGAACUGGAACAAGAUUGUUAGCAACCAGCACAUCUGGCGUGAGUCUUGUCUUCGCGAGACUACUGCCACUUAUGCUACAAGUGAGCCCGUUGCGCCUGGAAGUGGUCUCGGAGUUCCUGCUAUUUCACCAGCGAAUGACUGGAAGGAUAUUUACCGUGUCAAGCAGGAGCUGAGCCAGCGUUGGAAGACUGGCAAGGCCAGACCUGUCUAUCUGAAUGGACACAAGGACAGCAUCUACUGCCUUCAGUUCGACGAGCACAAAAUCAUUACUGGCUCCCGUGACAAGACGAUUCGGGUAUGGGAUAUGCAUACCCUUGAAUGCACCCUCAUCAUUGGACCACCCGAGGUCAUCGCCGAACCCGACAUGCUCAUUGACGAGGAUGGCAACCCUACUCAUUUCGCUUCAGGAUCCUCCGACAACGAGAAGUCAAACUUCUCUAUGCCUCGCAGUACAUCAUUCCCUACACAUCACAUGGCCUCUAUUCUGUGCCUGCAGUAUGACAACGAGAUCCUGGUCACUGGAUCCUCCGACUCUACCUGCAUCGUUUACGACGUACGCGCAGGAUACCGUCCUAUUCGCCGACUCCGACACCACACCGCAGCUGUUCUCGAUCUUGCCUUUGACGACAAGCAUAUCGUCACAUGCAGCAAGGACUUCAGCAUCUGUGUCUGGGAUCGCCACACCGGCGACUUGAUCAAGCAGCUCCGGGGACACAGCGGACCUGUUAACGCAGUACAGAUGCGGGGCAACACCAUCGUGUCUUGUUCUGGAGAUUUCCGCGUCAAGUUGUGGAACAUUGAAACAGGCAAAAAUAUUCGUGAGUUCACGGGGCACACCAAGGGGCUUGCUUGCUCCCAAUUCUCCGAAGAUGGCCGAUACAUUGCAUCUGCUGGUAACGACAAGGUUAUCCGCAUCUGGGAUGCCAACACUGGCGAGUGUCUCCGUGAGAUGCGCGCCCACGAGAAUCUGGUUCGCAGUCUGCACAUAGAUAGUGUGAGCGGCCGACUGGUCUCUGGAAGCUACGACACUGACAUCAAGGUGUGGGAUAUGGAGACUGGACAUCAGCUGCUGGACUUUCCCAAGUGGCACGCAAGCUGGGUUUUGAGUGCGAAGAGUGAUUACCGUCGCAUUGUCAGCACAGGACAGGAUCCCAAGAUUUUGAUAAUGGAUUUUGGUGCUGAUGUUGAUGGUAUUGAGAGCAUCGAGAGUGCCAGGCCUCUACAGAUCGAGGGAGGGUUUAUCUGA